GGUGUCUGCCUAUUAACCUCGUUGUCGUGGUCCCAAGUACACAUCGAGGCCGGGCAUCUCCACCUACCUCGCACGCCUCCAAACGCACACGUUAUGACGCGGUGCUACAUGUUCGCAUCCGUACGGAACGCCCAGGUAGCACUGCGGCAAAGGGGGAGCCAACUGGUCGCCGAUCCAUUAUCUCACGAGCGAGAUCGAUCGAUUGAUUACCUAGGUAAAACGCAUCCCGUCCGUAUCUCUGGCAGAAGAAGUUUGCUCUCUCCCCGUGUUCGCCGGGUCUCUCGCGCAAUUUAAAAUCCGUCGUUGCUACCCUUAUCUGGUCGUGGAUUUAUUUGAUCCUUUAUACCAACCCUCACCCCUUUCGCUAUCCCCCCCCCAAAUUAAGCCAGGCAAGCUACGUGAACCACCAGCUAAUCCUACCCGAAUAUUCCCCCCCCCCAGAACCGCCAUGGCUACCGCCCAGGAAAUCGUCGCCGCCCUCAAUCUCGCUCCCCAUCCGGAGAAGGGCUACUACGUCGAGACCUUCCGCGACCCCCAGACGUCCGACGGCCGCUCGAACAGCACCUGCAUCUACUAUCUCCUGGAGGGCGAGUCCGGCCUCUCGCACUGGCACCGCGUCCUCAACGCUGUCGAGGUCUGGCACUACUACGCCGGCGCCCCUCUGCGCCUCUCGCUGUCCCGGGACGACGGCAAGCCCGUGCGAGACGUGGUGCUGGGCAACGAUAUCUUGGCCGGACAGCGACCGCAGGUCGUGGUCGAACGGGGAGAAUGGCAGCACGCCCAGAGCCUGGGGUCGUGGACCCUGGUAGGCUGUUCGGUGGCGCCCGCCUUCAAUUUUGAGAGCUUUGAGAUGGCUAAGGAGGGGUGGGAGCCAAGGACGGACGGCGGCGCCUAAUAAAUUGAGCCCGCCGGGAUCACGAGGACUUCUGACGACGCCAUUGGUCUAGCCCUGCCACAGCAUGGGUCGGUCCGAAGGAGCUGAUGGAUUUCGCAGCAGGCCCUCAUGCAGUAAGAAUCCUACGGCCUGUAGCCCCCGCGUAUCCUCGAAGCAACCUAGCAAGACGGCUCGUUAUCGGUCGAGGGCUUGUCGGGCGGCACACGUACUACG